AUAUCAACGAUAUGGAGACACUCCUAUAAGGGUGGUCAGUGGAAACCAUGUAUCAACAAUUCCUCAGGAGGCCUACCUGAGUCAAAUGGAUAUAUUUAUGUUGAGGCAAAUGGCGGUCUAAAUCAGCAGAGAACAUCGAUAUGCAAUGCAGUUGCUGUGGCUGGCUAUCUUAAUGCAACGCUUGUAAUUCCUAAUUUUCAUUUCCACAGCAUUUGGAGAGAUCCUAGCAAGUUCAGCGAAAUAUAUGAUGAGGAAUAUUUUAUCAAGACCUUAGAGAAUGAUGUACGCAUUGUUAACAAGAUUCCGGAAUACAUAAUGGAACGCUUCGACCACAACAUGACUAAUGUCUACAACUUCAGAAUAAAGGCAUGGUCGUCCAUUCAAUAUUACAAGGAUAUGGUGCUUCCGAGAUUACUUGAAGAACUGGUUAUUAGAAUUUCACCUUUUGCAAAUCGAUUGUCGUUUGAUGCUCCUCCUGCUGUUCAACGGCUUCGAUGUUUAGCAAAUUAUAAAGCGCUAAGGUUUGCUAAUCCCAUUUUAUCCUUGGGAGAGAUUUUGGUUGCGAGGAUGAGAGAACGCAGUGCCAGUAAUGGUGGCAAGUAUAUUUCUGUACACCUUCGCUUUGAGGAGGAUAUGGUUGCGUUCUCGUGUUGUAUUUUCGAUGGUGGACAUAAAGAGUUGGAAGACAUGAAAGCAGCGAGAGAAAAAGGAUGGAAAGGGAAAUUCACAAAACCGGGCAGAGUCAUACGUCCUGGUGCCAUAAGGAUUAACGGAAAAUGUCCGAUGACUCCGUUAGAGGUUGGGUUGAUGCUCAGGGGAAUGGGAUUUGACAAUAGCACAUUUAUUUAUUUGGCAUCGGGAAAGAUAUACGACGCGGAGAGAAAUAUGGCUCCGCUUUUGGAGAUGUUUCCAAAUCUGCUUACGAAGGAAAUGCUGGCAUCACCUGAAGAACUUUCCCCAUUCAAGAACUUUUCUUCGAGGAUGGCUGCUAUAGACUAUACGGUUUGUCUCCACAGCGAGGUGUUCGUGACGACACAGGGAGGCAACUUCCCUCAUUUUCUGAUGGGUCAUAGAAGAUAUUUGUACGGCGGACACUCCAAAACUAUCAGGCCGGACAAACGCAAGUUGGCAUUGCUUUUUGAUAACCCUGCCAUUGGAUGGAAAAAUUUCAAGAGACAAAUGUUGAGCAUGAGGAGUCAUAGUGAUUCCAAGGGAUUUGAUCUCAAAAGGCCGAACGACUCGAUAUACACCUUCCCUUGUCCAGAUUGCAUGUGUUUUACGAACAAAUCAAACGAUACGAAAUCAUCGUUAGCCUCGUGAUUGGUUGAGAGUGGAAAUGUAUUGUUGUUGCUGCUAACCCAACAUUUUCUUUUGUGAUUCUUUCAUUUUUUUUUUCACCUUCUGACACAGCAAGAAAUGGGUUGAUGAGAGCAUAUUGGGUCUUGACUGAGGCAUUUGGAAGUGAAGCUGCUGCUGUAUCUAACCAUAGUGUUUUUGGUUUUGUUGUCUUUGUUUUUGAGAUGUUCUUUUGUGAUAGGUGGUUGUUAGAUAGACUUCAGAUUUAUACUGUAAAAGUGAGUGUAGUUUUCUUAGAUCGUCUAAUUUUCAGUCAAUAUUUUACUUUUCAAGAAUUCGUUUUUCAACCCUUAUUUGCAAUUAAUUGUACUAUACUUCCUCUUCCGAAUCCUGCUGGGAAUUAGAUUUUCAUUGUUGUCGGUAUGA